AACACGAAUAUCGUUCAUAUUUUGUUUUAACUGAUUAUUCUACAAAUAAAUCUAACAAAAAGGCUAUUUGUGUUUGUUGUAUUGAAGUUAAUAAAUAUGAAGUAGCUAAAGCCAAGAAAGAUUGCUAG